AUGGGUCUCGUCAAGGUCGUUAAGAAUAAGGCCUACUUCAAGCGCUACCAGACUAAGCUGAAGAGAAGGCGUGAGGGAAAGACCGAUUACUAUGCCCGUAAGCGUCUUACCGUCCAAGACAAGAACAAGUACAACACCCCAAAAUACCGCCUUAUUGUGCGUUUGACCAACAAGGAUGUUGUCGCUCAGAUCGCCUACUCCAAGAUUGAAGGAGACGUUGUUGUUGCUUCGGCUUACUCCCACGAGCUCCCACGUUAUGGAGUCAAGGUUGGUCUUACCAACUACGCUGCUGCUUACGCCACUGGACUCCUUCUUGCUCGUAGACACUUGAAGGCAAUUGGAUUGGACUCCGUCUACAAGGGACACGAGGAGCUCACCGGUGAGGACUACAAUGUCGAACAGGAGGGAGACCGCGCUCCAUUCAAGGCUGUCCUCGAUGUUGGACUUGCUCGUACCACCACUGGAUCUAAGGUCUUCGCUGUGAUGAAGGGGGUUGCUGAUGGAGGAAUUAACGUUCCACACAGCGAGAACCGCUUCUUCGGUUUCGACACUGAGGCUUCUGAGUACAAUGCUGAGGCCCACCGUGACAGAAUCCUUGGAAAGCACGUCGCCGAGUACAUGUCUUACUUGAAGGAGGAAGAUGAGGAUGCUUACAAGAGACAAUUCUCGAAGUACAUCGCUGCUGGACUCAACGCUGACAACCUCGUUUCUUCUUACGAGAAGGCUCAUGCUGCUAUCCGGGCUGAUCCAAGUGCCCCAGCCAAGAAGCAAAAGAAGGACGGAAAGCCAAAGAGAUUCAACGCCAAGAGAAUCACAUACGAAGAGAGAAAGCAACGUGUUGCGGACAAGAAGGCUCUUCUCCUGUCACUCAAGGAGCAGCAAGAGGAAUAA